UAGUCAGCUGGUGUGGGUGCCAUCCUGGUGGACAAGAUCGAAGGAUCACAAUGGAAAUAAGACAGACAGUCCUCGAUGACGCACUGACUUUCUUAGAUUUAUCCUGGGUGGUUAACCCUCCAGGGUUAAAAAUCAGAACAAGUCUUAUCUUAAACACUCGUCCAGGGACCGAACCUUAAGUCCUCAGUUUGUGAGCUGAGGUCUCUACUGAUUGCAUGAAGAAAACAGGGAAUGUACUAGAGCAUUAUAUAGUAGUGCCAAUACUUUUGUAUAGUUGUUAUGCCUGUUGUAUCAAUGUUGCAGCAAAUAGGAAGCUGUAAGAAGGGUAACCCAAUUAAGUCAGUGUGUCAUCGGGGACUGUCGAUCUUAUUUCCAUUGGGUGUUAAUUUCCCCCAAGUAUGUGAUCCCACAACAGUUGACUUACACUUGGGUACCUGCUUAGUGCUGGGAAUGGUUCCUGGUCCCUUAGUAUGUGAGCUGAGGAACUUAUCAACUGAGCACCCUAAUGGGAAUACACCACACUUACAUGCUUUUAUGGGUUAUCACUCCUUUGAGAUGGAUCCUAGCACAAAGAUACCAGAAUUAGGGGCAACAGAUCAUGUUGAAGUGGAGAUGAUUGAAGCUGAACCUGUGGAUGAUGAUGAAAAUGACGAUGAUGAUGGACAACAAAAUGAAUAUACUGAUCUACUAUCUAUGGAGCCCCUCAAUGCUGAGAUGUCAGUAUUUUUAGAAUGUGAUGAUUUAGCAAGAGAUUGUGACAAUGGUUACUCAUCCCCUAUCUCGGAAGAAAGAGAAGUUUUGGGACUGCCGCAUACCAGUCCAACAAUUGAAGCAGUAGGCAUUGGUGUGGAUAACUAUUUGCAUAUGACUGAAGCUACAGGAGAAGAAACUGAAGAUGAUGAUGAGCCUAUCACAGAACCUGUAGAUAGAAAGAGUCAGGAUGAACUCAUAAAUCGUCUCAUGACAGAUGGAAUGUCAUUCUCUGAGGUUGCAGCUCUUUGGGGAGAAGAUGCUGAUGGAGACAGUGAUGUAGAGGACAUUCCAACAGUUCUUGAAGGCACUUCUCAAGUGAAGGAGGAUCAUGCAGCUGAGUUUGAAAAGGAGCUCAAUGAGCAACAGCGGUACCAGCUAAAACGUAAAAGUAGCAGAGAGAAGAGACGACGACGACGUUUACCAGCUGCUUUGCAGGGUCUUAUGGGUGAGGCCAAUCUACGUUAUGCUCGCUGCGAGUAUGAUGAAGCUAUCAAGAUGUGUAUGGAGGUUAUAAGACAGUUUUCACAUUCACCUGAGCCAUAUCAGACUUUAGGAAUGAUCUAUGAAGAGAAGAAAAUGGUGAACAAGUCUCUGCAGUUUCUUCUGAUUGCUGCAUUUCUCAGCCCAAAUGCUGAAGAAUGGGAGAAAUUAGCAGAUCUGUCUCUUCAUCAGGGAGAUAUCCAGCAAGCAGUGUUUUGUUGGGGCCGAGCUAUUAAAGCCAACCCACAAAAUCUGGAUUACCACUGGGCCCGUUGUGAUCUCCUUGAGCAGCUAGGAGAGAAACUGAAAGCGUUGAAAGGCUAUACGUACAUGCUCAAAUAUCUUAGAACUGAUCAAGGAAAGGAUGGUCUGAAACUGGCCAAAGAGAUUGCAAAGAUUCACUAUGAGAACAAGGAUGUCCAUCUGGCUCGAGAUGCGAUGGAAACAGCUUUCAAAAAAUACCCUUCGUAUGUUACCCCCGAGGAUGUCAACCUUAUGCUGGAAGUGUUGAUGCAUCAGCAAGAAUAUCUCCGCUGUAUACAAAUUCUUGUUCUUCAUGGGGGAGUUCGUCUGUUACAUAAAGAGAUCGAUGAAGAACAAUUCCACAAGCGAGAGCUGGAGGAUCAGUUGUCAGUUGCUACCGAGUGUUUUGUUCCCCUUGACUUACCAAUUGAUCUUCGGACAAAGCUCACUGUCGCCCUCAUCCAUGUUAAAACCUUUGAGCUUGCAGCCCCUCUAGUGGAGUUGCUGAUGAAUGAAUCUGAGGAAGAGUUUGGGGACCUGUAUUUAGACAUAGCAGAAGCCUACAUGAGUGCAGACUAUCAUGAAGCAGCACUAACUCUGUUACGUCCACUGAUUGACUCCAAUCAUUAUAAUGUAGCUGCUGUGUGGCUCCAGUAUGGGGAGUGCUUGGCAGCUGUUGAUCAAAUGGAAGAAGCAGCUCAGGCAUACAAUCAAGUUGUGCAAUUAGCACCACAGCAUGCAGAAGCCAGGUUGACUCUUUCAUCAAUUUUACAAUCUCUUGGUCGACUGGAUGAGGCUCUACUUAUUCUAAAUCAAGAAAGUGAUUCUGAGCCUCUCGACUCCCAGCUUCUGUAUCAACGCUGCAAGAUUCUCUUAGACCAGGAUCUUGUUGAUGACUUCAUAAAUGCUGCAAAACUGCUUUUCCGAAGGCAUUUCAUUCACAUCCGCAAUCGGGAUGAGGCAGAAGCCAUGCUUAGCAACAAAAAGUUAAGUAAUAAGUAUGAAGCUAUUCGAGAACUUCGUCGCUCUAAAAAUGAGAAUCUUGAAGACAAUGGUCCAGCAUAUACUGGACCAGAUGUACCUCUUGAAGACCAGUGGGACCUCUUUACUACAGUGUGCAAUAUUCUUCAUGACAAGGGCAGAUUUGAGGAACUUGAAAGGAUGACCUUCAGUGCACUUGGGUCCAAAGAGUUCAUGAGGGAGAAGGAGCGUGCUCGAGAAAUAGAAUUCAUGUGUCUUCUGGCGUGCAUUUAUAAUGAUAGUUCUUAUUAUGCCUACAAUAUCAUGAGAGAGCUAGUUAUAAAAAAGCCAGAGAACAAAAGGUGUUGGAACCUGCUAAAUCUCAUAAUUUCUAAAGCUGAUGACUUUCGACAUAACCGCUUUUUGCUAAGGCUUACUCACAAACACCCAGAUUUAGUUGCUUUAGGCUUAUUGAAUGGUCACAACUGCUUGGUGGCAGGGACAUAUAAAUACUCCUUAGCAGAAUAUACUCAAGCUUUUAAGCAAGACCCUUUAAAUCCACUUAUUCCACUAAUGCUAGGUUUGACUUUCACACACAUGGCUUGCCAGAAAUUCAGUGGUAAAAAACAUUCUCUAGUUGUACAGGCAUGUGCUUUUUUAAACACCUAUGUAGAGAUGCGUGGGGAGUGUCAAGAGUCAAUGUAUAACUUGGGUCGAGCUUUUCAUCAGCUUAAUCUCCUGCCACAAGCAAUCCAUUAUUACAAACUUGCACUUGAUUGUCCCACAGUGGAGGAACCACCAGGUGGGCCCAGACUUGACUUGUCGCGUGAGAUUGCCUUUAACUUAGCUCUCAUUUACCAGAAUAGUGGUUCUCCAAACUUAGCCAGGAUGUAUAUGUACAAAUAUAUUAGAGUUUAAGUUUAAAAUUAAACACUUUACAUGAUAAAAUAAAUGUGUGUUCAUGCACAAGUGUUGAAGGAUAAUUUCUUGAAUAAGAUACAUUGUCAUAUGUAUAAGUAAAUAAAGCCUUGUUUAUU